CCACAGCGCCCCAGCACAACGUAGCAUUGCCUUCAGAUAGCAUUUCUUCGCCAGCGGCGGCUGCAACAUUGAUUUCACACGAAAUUGAUGGUACAUUAUCGUGCAACGGCGAACUCACUCAUGCUGCGAUCUUGCACGCACUCUUCUGUACAACCUAUUACACUACAGGUGUGAUCCGUUGCCCACUUCACAUACUCAGCUUGACAAUGUCUGUGAGAGUGAUGCAGCUUUGGCCAUAGCGAGAGCACGGACUUGCAACCCAUCGAAGAGCGUAUCGGUUUUUGACGUGUUGAUAUAUCACAGUGUCACGUCUUUGUGCCCGGUCUUGUCUUCAUAUCGUUGCACUCUAUGCUUGUUCUGUUGAUUAUUCACACGUCUUAUUCUGAUGUGACUGACCAUCCCUGCACCCCUUUUCAUCGUUGCUCGUCUUUUAUUCCUUCUGCUUUUUUCCGCCCCCUUGUCCUUCUGCCACUGCCCAUUUGGCAUUUUCUUCUCCUGUCGCGCUCCCCCCUGUGUGCUACAUCACAGACCCUCCUGGCCUGUUGAUGCUCCCUCUGCGUCCAUGUCCACAACCGCAUUCACAUUUCUCAUUGCAGGUUUUAUGCGAUCGCUGACUGAUUGACCUGAGGUAUUAGGUAUCGCAUACGUAGUUCCUAAUCGCCUGAUCAGCACGGAUCGGCCACAUGGCGGAUCGGUCGCGUGAUUGGCUUACGAUCUUUUUGGUCUCCGCUCGCGUCGAGAAUGGAACGAUGAGCCGGGUCGCUUGGCUUGUAGGCCACUCGAUUGACGCCGAGGUGAUCCAUGCGAUACGAUUGUCUCGCCUGCCUUAGCGUUGUCCGAAAGAGCGCCCAGAGACACGGAGGCCCUUGCCGGUGCCCCGCAUGCGGUCUGCCGACGCCAUCCUCUCCUACGCAGGCCUGCAAGAGCAUACCACAGAGCAGCGGCAGCCCUCCAUCCUGCGCGACGCGCGGGUGGGCCGGGUCGCGAGUCAGCGGGCGCCGCCCCUUGCGAUGCAGGAGGCCGCCCCGCAGCUGCUCGGCGGCCCACCCGUGAGCGCCGUGCCGCUGCCGCCGCCGAGGUGGGCGGCCCCCGCAGGCUUCGCGGAGACCACGCCGCCGUCAGAAGCGUCAACGCCGUCUUUGCAGGGAUCAUCGCGGGCGAGCCGCGGCAGCCGCGUUAGCGCGAUCCAGGCCGCCCUGGGCGGCCUGCGCGGCAGGGCCUCCAAGGUCCUCCUACCCAGACCUGGACUUGCUCGUGGCGCACCUGGGGACGCGGCCCUCGGAGCGCGGCCCUGAUCGGCGGACCUCCCAGAAACCUGGACGCACAGGGUGGCGAGCACGCGGUGGCCCUGGAUCCUGGCUAGACCGCGGCGCGGGCUGAGUGGGCGGGGGCGUAUCUCCCUGGCUACCUCUCGGCUGGCCAGCCGGUCAUCCCGUUUUUCUCUCCUCUUUCCGCCCACCUUGGUUGCUGGCAAUAUAUUGCGAACCUCCUCGGCUCCCCUGCCUGUAUCUGUACCUUUCUCUUUGCAUGGCGCCUGUGCGGGUAGCUGGAAGUCUGGCUUUCUUGCCAUCCGCGGCGCCGCUUGUGCUCUGUCUGUUAAUGCCAGUCUCGAGCGUAGCCGAGCGCGGGGGCUAGCCGGACACACGGACAGCGCCGACGCCGCACAUCGCUCUGCCCAAGCCACUCGCCUUCCAGAGACAUCGGUCUGCAAAUACAGAGCUCACAACGGCGUUACGCGUGCAUCUUCUGAGGACCACGCGGACUUCUCGGGUCGGCGCUGGACCCCCGCCCCCCCUGGCGGCGCCCUCUGCGUGCCAGGGGAGGAGGAGACAGAGCCGACCCACGAAGUGGACCUCUCGAGACCAGCUGCGCCGAAGCGCUACUGGGGCCAUAGUCCCUGGAACCGUCGGGGGCCCAGCCAUGGCGAUCCCGAGGCUUCUCGGGGGAGGAAUCAGUACGGCCUGAUAAAUGAUGAGUUGCACA